AUGCCAUGCUUUCAGGCGGCUGAAAUGAUAUAUAUCCGCCGUCUUGAGUCCCUUGUCUAUCCGCCCCCAAUGCGCGCAAGAGAGCCCGCCGUACACUUCUCGCCCAUGCUUCCGCUCCCGUCUGCUGCCGCACUCACAGACCCGCUGUUGACCAAGCAAUACCUCUAUCCUCGCUCUUCCACCCAUCGCGCCAACUUGAAUGCAAUUCGCUCCCUGUCGACCUUACCGCCUGCCGUUUCGACAUUACGCGCAAAUCAGUCAGGGUCCGGGGCCCGCGAAAGGUCCCGGAUCGUGCUGGACGAUGUACAGAAGAAGAGCCAAAUGAGUCGCAGAGACUCUUGGCAUGGGCUCGAAAAACGUCUACCAAGAUUCAAGUAUUCCUCUCGCGGGCAGUUAUCGCGCUCUAAAACGAAAUCCAAGCGGAAAGGAAAAGCAUCACAUUCAAGCUCUUCACGAUCUCCGUGGCUCGGCCCACUUAUGGAUAUUGACGACGAUGUACGGUAUCUUGGCUCUUCCGACUACGACAGCGCCGAUGACUCGGACUUCAUGUCAGACGAGCAGCACAGGCCGCUAGGGAGUGCUGGCGUUACUCCAGUUAUUGCCCUCCCGCCAUCCUCGAUCCGGGUCUACGGCUUGUCGCCAAGUCCCUCGCUCUAUAGCAGAGAGUACCACUCGCCACUGCCUAGGCCUGGCCCAACUUACACAACUCGGUUGAGAGCACCAAUGGCAGCGCGUCCUCAAGGUGUUGCUCUCUCAACCGUGCCUCGGAUCCCCCCUCAGGCUCCCUACCCGUCAUACACGUCCUUCGCUGGUGUCUACGCCGCAGGCGCCACGCCCGUGUCAAGUCCAUGGGAGCGUGGCAGAACGGUCGAGCGACAGACGCCUAUCCGAGCAUAUUCCCAUCACGAUAGCCACCUGCAAUAUUCCCCUUAUGCUCUUCCUCACCCUGUCCAAACCGCACCACUGUCCCCCAACGUGACCUACUAUUCGCACGCUCCACUGCCCGGCUUUUUACCGCUGGGCAGACCUUAUCUGCUGCGCAGCUCUACGUGGUACUGA